CACUCGAGCGCAGCAUUCUGCGGCUCAGAUCCUCUCGCUCUUCCUCUCGUCCGCAGCGCCUGCGUAGCGCAUCCCAGCCAUGGGUAAGAAACAGGAGAAGAAGACGGCCAAGGGUCGUCUCGACAAGUUCUACUGGCUCGCCAAGGAGCAGGGCUUCCGCUCGCGUGCCGCUUUCAAGCUUGUGCAGCUCAACAAGAAGUACGCGCUGCUCGAGGGCGCACGAUGCUGCAUCGACCUGUGUGCCGCACCCGGCGGCUGGCUGCAGGUGGCGAGCAAGCACAUGCCGCCCAACAGCCUCAUCGUUGGUGUCGACCUGGUGCCCAUCAAGCCGAUCCCGCGCUGCAUUACCUUUGCAGAGGAUAUCAACUCGUUCCGCUGCAGAGACCAGCUGCGUGCUGAGCUGAAGGACUGGAAGGCAGACAUCGUGCUUCACGACGGUGCGCCCAAUGUCGGUACCGCAUGGGUGCAGGACGCGUACCAGCAGUCGGAGCUGGUGCUGCAGUCCCUGAAGCUCGCCGUCGAGUUCCUUGCGCCCGGUGGUUCGUUUGUGACGAAGGUCUUCCGCUCGAAGGACUACAACAACCUGCUCUGGGUGUUCAACCAGCUCUUCGGCACCGUCGAGGCCACCAAGCCGCCGUCCAGUCGUAACGUCUCCGCCGAGAUCUUCGUCGUGUGCCGCAACUACAAGGCGCCGAAGCGCGUCGACCCCAAGUUCCUCGACCCGCGGCAUGUGUUCAAGGACCUCGACCCGACCGCUGCAGCUGCUGCGGAUGGCGAGGAGGGUGCGCCGCUCAAGGGCGAGCGCGGCGCCAUUGCUCAGGCAAGCGUCUUCGAGCCGGAGAAGAAGCGCAAGCGCCGUGAGGGCUACGCGGACGGCGUGCGCAUGCUGUACAGCGCGAUGGGGGCGCGGGCAUGGGUGGAGAGCCCGCAGCCGAUCGAUGGGCUGGGUGCGAACAACGAGCUGACGUGGCGGGAAGAGGGCGACAAGGAGCUGCUCAAGCACGAGCUGACCACGGACGACAUCAAGGCCUGCGCCUCGGAUCUCAAGGUGCUUGGCAAGAAGGACUUCCGCAACCUGCUGAAGUGGCGCACUGCCAUGCGCCUGCACCUCGGCCUGGACGCGCCGGCAGUGAAGCCGGGAGAGGAGGUGGUUGAGAUCGUCGACGGCGAGGACGCCGAGCCCAUCGACUCUGACGCCGAGAUCGACGAGGAGCUGGAGCGCCUCAACGACGAGCGGGGCAAGGCGCUGCGCAAGGAGCGCCGCAAGCGCAACGCCGCGCGCGCCAAGAAGGUGCAGAAGAUGCAGCUGCAGAUGACGACGCCGAUGGACGUGGGCCAGGACAUCGUUGACGAGACGCUCGUUGGCGGCGCCGACGACAUGUUCGACCUCACGCACGGCCCGUCGCGGCCGCGGACGGCCGAAGACAGCGACACCGACAGCGAGGAGGAGGACGAGGUGCUCGACUCUGACGCCGAGGAGCAGCGCAAGCUGGCGCGUCUCGAGGGCGACCUCGACGCUGCGUACGACACCUACCGCCAGCGCAUGUCGGAGCGCGACGCCAAGUGGCGCGCCAAGGAGGCUCGCCGGUUAGACGAGAACCGCGACGAGUGGCACGGCUUCAGCGCGCCAGUGCGGGAUGGCCGCGACGACGCCGAGGACAGCGACGGCGGCAGCUCUGUCGGCGGCUACGACGACGUCGUGACGAAGCGCAAGCUGCAGGAGGAGACGUUCGACACCGACGACGAAGAGGACGAGGAGGACGACCGCGCAGACCGCGCCGCUGUCGCUGCCGUCACGCGGAAAGCAGGCUCGGCCAGCAAGCGGAAGGCGCGCGCCGAAGAGAGCGACUCGGACGACGACAUUGCUGAGCCGAUCGACACGAGCGGCCUGGUUGCAUCGCUCGAGUCGCGCGGCGAGCGCGACCAGCGCCAGAGCCGCGAGGCUGCCAUCUGGUUCGACAACCCGCUGUUCAAGGGCGUUGCCGGUCUGAUCCCAGAGGGUGACGACGAGGACAGCGAGGAUGAGGUAGAGGAGGAGGAGGACUCGGACGAGGAGGACGAGGAUGAGGAGGCAGACUCGGACGCUGAGAUGGAGGACGCCGAGUCGGACGUCGAGGUCGUGGCGCGGAAUGUCGCCGACGAGGACAUGGCUGGCCUCGACGGCGAGUGGCGCUACGACGAUGAGGACCUCGACGAGAUCAAGCGCAAGCGCAUCGAGGCUGUCGGCCUGAACACUGCCGAGGCGCUCACCCUUGCGCAGCAGCUCGUCAACCGCGAGAAGACAAAGGGCGCGCUGAUCGACGACGGCUUCAAGAAGGACAACUUCGUCGACAAGUCCGACCUGCCGACGUGGUUCCUGGACGAGGAGGCCAAGCACUACCGUGCCAACAUCCCCGCGACCAAGGAGGCCAUGAACGCACUGCGGGCGCGGCAGCGUGCGCUCGACGCGCGGCCGAUCAAGAAGAUCGCCGAGGCCAAGGGCCGCAAGAAGUUCAAGGCUGCGCAGCGCCUCGAAAAGGCACGCAAGAAGGCCGACACGCUCAACGAGACGGUCGACAUCAGCGAGAAGGAGAAGGCCAACUCGAUCUCCAAGGUGCUGGCGCGCGCCGGCGCCAAGCCGAAGCGCAAGGAGAUCAGCACCGUCGUCGCCAAGGGCGUCAAUCGCGGCCUCAAGGGCCGGCCGAAGGGCGUCAAGGGCCGCUACCGCCUCGUCGAUGCGCGCGGCAAGAAGGAGCUGCGGGCCGAGAAGCGCCGCAACAAGCGAGACGGCAAGAAGACGACGAGCUCGACGUCGAACAAGCGGCGCGUGCCCAACGGCUACUGAGCUCUGUUCCCGUCGUCUGCUUCACGCUCUCUCUCUGUUCCUGGGCAUCCCGUCACGUCUAUGCAUUAGUGAUACACUUUCUACAC